AUGGCCCGGCCACGCAAGAACGAUGCACCGAGCUACAAGGAGUCGCCCAUCUCUGGCUCUGAUGACGAGCGCUCAGCUGAAGAAGCCAGCAAGACCCGAGCGCGCAUCAGAGGCAAAGGCAAGCUCGUUGAUGAUGAUGAUGAUGAUGAUGAUGCGCACACAGCAGAGGAAGUCAGCGACUCCGAAUCGAUGGCUAGCUCGAACAUCGACGACGAUCCUCCUCCGCCGAAGAAGAAGCGGCGUUCGCCUAACAAACCAGCAAAGGCAACAGCGAAAGUCGCGGUACAAGAAGCUGAUGCGGACAAGGACGGCGACGACUCAGAUGACCGAGUGAUUGCAAUCAAGAAGAUUGUUCCCGGACCUUCUACUGCUCCGCUCAAGAGAAUCGUCGAACCGUCUACGCUGGCCUUUCUGGGCGAUCUGACGAUACCAGAGCGCAACGACCGCGAGUGGUUUGCAGAGAACAAAGCGCGCUAUGACCAUGCACUGGCCAACUGGCUCAACUUUGUCGAUCACGUCCAGACCGUCAUGGCAAGAGCAGACGAGCAACUGCCCGUCUUCCCCGCAAAGAGGCUCGUCGGACGGAUCUACAGAGACAUCAGGUUCAGCCAGAACAAGACGCCCUAUAAUACUUUCUUCCAGGCGACCAUGUCUCGGAGCGGCAAGAAGGGUCCUUAUGCUGGCUACUUCCUCUUGCUCAAGCCUGGCGCAACAACGCUGUACUGCGGCAAGUUUGACAUGGACAGGAACGAUCUUGCAACCAUUCGAACAAACAUCCUCAAUGACUCUGGACCGCUCAAGAGGGUCGUCAGUCAAAAUGAGUUUGUUGCCCAAUUUGGACCACCUAUUCCUCCUCCUGUCAAUGCAGUCGUCCCGCCAAAGGCGAACGGCAAGCGGAAGAAAGCCGAUGGAGCCAAAGAGGACAGCGAUGGGGAGCCAGUCAUAGAGAAAGUGCGGGUCAAAGGCAAAUCAAAAGUCGUGCCCGUCAAGGGCGACUCUGGCACAGCUACGUCCUCAGACAAUAGUUUUGCAGAAGACAAAGGCAAAGCAAAGGCUGUCUCGCCUCGAGCGGCUAUCGAGCCGCCACCUUGGGCGGAUGUGACCCAAGCGGGCGACAUACAAGGCCGCAACAUCUAUGCGAGUACAGAUAGGUUGAAGAUAGCUCCCAAGAUCGAGGGCGUAGAUAAGAACCAUCCGGAGAUAGAGCUGCUCAAACUCAAAUCGUUUGUAGCGGCACAUAACUUUAGCGAUGCCGAAGUCAUCUCGGCCGACUUUGAUCAGAAGAUCUUCAGCGCCGUCCAAGCAGGCUCAACGCUCGUUCACCUUCUCAACGAACUCAUGCUGCCCCAGUCCAGAGACGAUUCUACGACGAACGGCGCCGAGGCAGCCCUGCCUGCACCUGCCCAUCCCAUCGAUGUCGAAGAAACGAUGAACGAACUGUACGCCGCGGCCGAUGCUAGAGCUUCAGGAACUGCACCUCGGAAAGAACGCACUCGCCCGAAUACGAAGAAGAAGAAAGAAGCCGCUGGUGUGACUACUUGA